AAUUUGAAAAGUGAAGUGUACGCCGAGUAUAUUUGGAAAAUAUUUGUUAUGUUCUUAGCAAUUUUUCCGUGCAUAAGUCAUGGCUUGCACGAAGGAAGAAAUUGAAAAAAAGCGUCUCGCGGCACUGCAAAUACGACAAAGCAAGCUAACGAUUCAAAAUAAUGCAACAAGUUCGCCUGUUAAGUUAAAUUCUGAAACAAGCAGUGGACCUUUAGUAAUGUAUUAUCCGCCGUCUACGCCUGGUCGAGUGAAAAAUUACAAUCACAAUGCUAGUAAAACAUUUCAUCCUUAUGCCAAACCCGAAUGCAGUACAUCAAUGCAUAGCAAAAUGCCAUUAUCUAAAGUUGUAAGUGGCACUAUCUACUUGAUAUCAGAUAACCGUUUUGAAGUAAAUCCCUCGGAAUUCUGCACUCCACUUAUCAAUAUAUUCAAAUCUAUACCUUCUAGAAAUUAUGAUGCAAAAUCAAAGUUGUGGAACUUCUCAAUAGAUGAUUAUGAAGAGUUUAUGUCUAAAGUGAGUUCUUUGGCACCACAUGUGGUACUAGGACCUAUCCCUUCAUAUGUUUUAAAGGUGCUAUGUGAACAUACUAUGGAUCCUAACAGUAUAGACCUGUCCCCUAUUGAGUCUACACUUAGAAAUAAGCUAAUGCCUUUCCAAGAAGAUGGUGUCAGAUUCGGUAUCGCACGACGCGGACGCUGCAUGAUCGCGGAUGACAUGGGGCUAGGCAAGACUUUUCAAGCUCUCGCGAUCGCAAGCUACUACAAACACAAUUGGCCUUUGCUCAUUGGUACAACGUCAUCUAUGAGAGAGACAUGGCAGAGCAAAAUCCAUGAGCUGUUACCGUCUGUUCCUAUGAUGAAUAUAGCGACGCUAACUAGCGGGCGAGAUACGCAACUGGUUGCCGAUAAACAGACUGAAAUUGUAAUAGUUAGCUACAAAAUCACCAGUAUGCAUACAGAUUUGCUGAAGAGCAAGAACUUUGGCGUUGUUAUUAUUGAUGAAUCGCAUUACCUGAAAUCGCACAAAGCGCAAUGCACAGUAGCUCUAAACAGCAUCACACGAAACGCAUCCCGCGUGCUGCUGCUUUCCGGCACGCCGGCGCUUAGCCGCCCCGCAGAGUUGUACACGCAGUUGACCCUUAUUGAACCACGGCUCUUCCCCGGAUACACUGAAUAUGGUAAAAGAUACUGCGCGGGAAAGCAAACCAACUUCGGUUGGGAUAUGACGGGACAGUCGAACUUGGCUGAGUUACAAGUCCUGCUUCAAAAGAAGUUUCUCAUCAGACGCACAAAGGAACAGGUGCUUACCAAGCUGGAAGGAAAGAUCAGAGAAGCGGUAAUCCUAGAUCAGAGCCUCCUAGAUUUGACAAAGGAAGACCAACAAGGACUAUUAGAAAUGGCGCAGAACUACAAAACAACUAAAGCCAAUGAGAAACACGCCGCUUUAAUCACUUUUUUUAGCGAGUCGGCGAAGAUGAAAAUCCCUGCUAUAUGCAAAUACAUCAAACAGCAGUUGAAGGAAGAACCUGGCAAGUUUCUAAUAUUCGCACAUCAUAAGAACAUGGUAGACGCGAUAUGCCUCACAUUCGACGAAGAAGCGGUUCACUACAUCUGUAUCGUUGGUUCAACGCCUGCUAACGUUAGAGCUGACUUAGUAGACAAGUUUCAACACUCCGAGUCGUGCCGUGUUGCCGUGUUGUCCAUUACAGCGGCCAGUUCCGGUCUCACGCUCACCGCGGCCAAUCUCGUGCUAUUCGCCGAACUGCAUUGGAACCCUGGGAUCUUAACGCAAGCGGAGUCGCGCGCACAUCGCAUUGGGCAGACGGGUGGCGUGUGCGUGCGAUACCUACUGGCCAACGGUACAUCCGACGACUUCAUGUGGCCUAUGUUGCAGGAUAAACUUAAUGUUUUGAACAACGUGGGUCUCAGCGAAGACAAUUUUGAGGAUACGAAAACUAAACAUCAGGAAAGCAAAACCAAUAUAAUUCAGUAUCUAUCUUCGAGUUUUUCAAAGAACGAACGCGACUAUAUACCAGGAACGAAUAUCAGACAUGGCUCUAUCAAGGCAGACCAUCAUCACAUUGAACAAUCGGGCAAUUGUGAGAACAGCAUGAGUAUUGGAAACGGAUAUGAGGCGUUUUUGGAUGAUGAGGAAGGCGAUGAAUUAUUAGCAAACUUGGUUUUAUGAUACACUAUAAUAAUGUUUAAACUUAUACAUAUCCC